AUGUACAACCUUUUUGGUGAUGAUGAUAAAAAGGCAAUGAGUAUUCUAUAUGGGCCAAAAACAACACCCUCUUACAUACCACCAACAACACCAGUUCCGCACAACAAGAACCAUAUGUCGAAAACAUCUACCAUCAAACACAGGACCUCUUUGCCAACAACAACAACCACACCUGCCCUACAAAACAUAUUAUGUCUAAUUCCAUAUCCAGAUUUCAUGUUUUUAGCUACGUCUCCUCAGUUUCCAAAUUAUAGAAUGUACGUUGGAUAUGGUCCAUAUAUAUGGAAAUUUGAUUUAAAUGAGAUGCGCCUUCCAAAACAUCCCGAAUUAAUUACCGAUUAUCUCCCUAAAGAGUUGAGGUCUGCGCACGUUUCACAUGUUUUUCAGAAUUCCGAGGGACACUUAGUAACCAUACGCAAUAAUCAGUAUUACGCUGCAUCUUUCCCCAAUUUAAAAAUUCAAAAACGUUUUAUGUUUCCUUCUAUACCUGCGAGAACCAAAAUAAAUGCAUUAUUUCAAACAAACAGCGGUCAAACGUAUUUAUUAUACAAUGAUGAUUCUUAUAUUGAAUUUAAUGAAGCUGGAGAUGUCUUAAACCGUGGACCCAUGAAUUAUCUCUUACCAGGACUACCAGAUACAAUAACAUCAGCAUUCCGCUAUACUGAUGGGUUUAUUUACUUUUUUCAGAACAACACCUAUUAUAAGUACAGCGAAUACACACGGUACAAAAAUCUGGACAGGCAUGUGGGAUUUGAUUUGGCUACAUCUAAACUAAUUUUAAAAGAUCUGGCAACGUUCCAUGCAGUACCGCUAGCAAUAAGGUUAUUGGAACCUGAAGAAUUUACGAGAUUAUUUAAAAAUAUGUCCAUGUCUCUUCCACCAAAGCCGAAAGAUAAAAAACCACCAUCGAUUUUUAAAAUAAUGGUAGACACAUUAAGUGCAAAUGAUAAAUAUAAAACAGUGGCUGAUAAGUUAAUGAAAAUGUUAGCUGAUUUUACGAAAUUAAUGGAGGAGGCUCCAGAAAAGAUGUUUAAUAACCAGUCUAUGAGAACGUUUUCGACAAUUAUACAUCAGGAUAUGUGGAUCAAUAAUACAAUGCAAGUUAUCGAAAACGAUGUAGCAGUUAAAAAUAAGUUUGUUGAUUUUCAAAUGAGCCAAGUCGGUUCGCCGGCAGAUGAUAUAAUUUUUUUUCUCUUCAGCAGUGUCGAAUAUGAUUGCCUUAAAAAUAAUCUCGACAGCUUAAUUAAAUAUUAUUAUGAAGAAGUUAUCUGCAUAUUAAAAAAAUUGGAUCUAUAUAACGACUGUUUUUCAUAUGAAAAUCUUUUGGAAGAAUUUAAAACAACAGGAAAAUUGGCUAUUGUAAGAGCUUUAUUCAUGCUACCGAAAGUUAUUUUUGGAGAGAAAGGAAAAGCUGAUCACGAAAAUUUGGAUGAAAUGACAGUUGAAGAUAUACAUCCAAUUGCACUAAAAAAGAUGAUUUUAUUAUGCGUAGAAGCUGCUGAAAGGGACUGGCUGUAAUUUUAUUGUUUUUGUUGUAAUACUAAUGUUGUAAUAAUUCAAAUAUAUCCUUUUGUAUUUUUGCUGUACAUAUGACGUAUCGGUUCGAUCAGCUUUUCUUGUCUAACGCAAACAUCUUUCGAUAGAGAUUUAUGUUAUCUAUAAUAUCUAAUUAAGCUUUAUUAAAUGUUUGUACCAUAAUGCACUAAAACAAUCAUAAAAAUAUGAAAUAACAAUUACAUUAAAUAUUAUUAAAUAUUAUUAUCUAAACCGUUAUGUAUAAGGUAAGCUUUUAAUAUGCUAUAUAUGAAAUAUUAAGUUUUUUUGUGUUCGCUGGAAAUAAAUAAAAAUUUUAAAUAGAUAAUGUAGUAUGUUAUUUUU